AUGUCAGCUGUGAAGAAAGACAAUACUGCACCGAAUCCACUGAAGAGAGAGAACGACCACGCAAAGUCUAGAACGCAUAAAGUAACAGAAGCCAGUUCGAAACUUGCUGAUAACUUUCAUAUAAACAAAUCCAACAAUACGGAACUGUCUAGUGAAAAGCCAUCAAUUGAUAGUAAAUAUCACAUUAAGAAGGCCGUGUCGCCUGGUAGAGUUAGGAAGCGCAAAACGACAACAUUUCCCACGAAGUCACGUCCGAAAAGUAAGAAAAAAGACGCUUCUGAAAGCAAAACAGAGAAGGAGAAUAAAGGCACAUUUUACCAAGGUGCUAUUUUCGGUUCAUUUCUCGGUGCUGCUGUAACGACUGUUUUAAGUAACCUAGCGGUAAAAGCUCUUCAGAAUUAG